AUGGAGCCCCUCUCCAUCCCUCACCUGUUCUUGCCCCUGGCGUUGCUGACAGGUCUCUGCUCCCCCUUUAAUCUGGACGAGCAUCACCCACGCCUCUUCACAGGGCCACCAGAGGCCGAAUUCGGAUACAGUGUCUUACAGCAUGUUGGGGGUGGACAGCGAUGGAUGCUGGUGGGCGCCCCGUGGGAUGGGCCUUCAGGUGACCGGAGGGGGGAUGUUUAUCGUUGCUCUAUAGGGGGAUUCCACAGUGCUCCAUGUACCAAAGGCCACCUGGGUGACUAUCAACUGGGAAAUUCCUCUCAGCCUGCUGUGAACAUGCACCUGGGGAUGUCUCUACUAGAGACAGAUGCUGAUGGGGGAUUCAUGGCCUGUGCCCCUCUCUGGUCUCGUGCCUGUGGCAGCUCUGUCUUCAGUUCUGGAAUAUGUGCCCGUGUGGAUGCUUCAUUCCGGCCCCAGGGAAGCCUGGCACCCACCGCCCAACGCUGUCCUACAUACAUGGAUGUCGUCAUUGUUUUGGAUGGCUCCAAUAGUAUCUAUCCCUGGUCAGAAGUUCAGACUUUCCUUCGGAGGCUGGUAGGAAGACUGUUUAUCGAUCCAGAACAGAUACAGGUAGGACUGGUACAGUACGGGGAGACCCCUGUGCACGAGUGGUCCCUGGGAGACUUCCGAACAAAGGAGGAAGUUGUGAGGGCAGCAAGGAACCUCAGUCGGAGGGAGGGGCGAGAAACGAGAACCGCCCAAGCAAUAAUGGUGGCAUGCACAGAAGGGUUCAGUCAGUCGAGGGGGGGCAGACCAGAGGCCGCUCGGCUGCUGGUAGUUGUCACUGAUGGAGAGUCCCAUGAUGGAGAAGAGCUUCCAGCAGCACUAAAGGCCUGUGACGCUGGAAAAGUGACACGUUACGGGAUUGCGGUCCUUGGUCACUAUCUCCGGCGACAGAGAGACCCCAGCUCUUUUCUUCGAGAAAUCAGAGCUAUUGCUAGUGAUCCGGAUGAACGAUUCUUCUUCAAUGUCACAGAUGAGGCUGCACUGACGGACAUUGUGGAUGCACUGGGAGACCGGAUUUUUGGUCUUGAAGGGUCCCGUGGAGAAAAUGAAAGCUCCUUUGGGCUAGAAAUGUCUGAGAUCGGCUUCUCCAUCCACCGGCUACAGGAUGGGAUUCUCUUUGGGAUGGUGGGGGCCUAUGACUGGGUGGGCUCCGUGCUAUGGCUUGAAGAAGGUCGCCGCCUUUUCCCCCCACCAACUGCCCUGGAAGAUGAGUUUCCCCCUGCAUUGCAGAACCACGCAGCUUACCUGGGUUACUCUGUUUCCUCCAUGCUUCUGCCUGGUGGACGCAGGCUCUUUCUCUCGGGGGCACCGAGGUUUAGACAUCGAGGAAAAGUUAUCGCUUUCCAGCUAAAGAAAGAUGGGGUUGUGAGGGUCGCCCAGAGCCUCCAGGGGGAUCAGAUCGGCUCAUACUUUGGCAGCGAGCUCUGCCCAUUGGAUACAGAUAGGGAUGGGAUAACUAAUAUCUUACUUGUGGCGGCUCCCAUGUUCCUGGGUCCCCAGAACAAGGAGACUGGACGCGUUUAUGUAUACGUGGUGGGCCAGCAAAAUUUGCUGAUGCUCCAAGGAACGCUUCAGCCAGACCGCUCCCAGGAUUCUCGGUUUGGCUUUGCCAUGGCUGCUCUUCCUGACCUGAACCAUGACGGUUUCACUGAUGUAGCAGUGGGGGCACCCCUGGAGGAUGGACACCAGGGAGCACUGUACCUGUAUCAUGGAACCCAGACUGGAAUCAGGCCACAUCCUACCCAGAGGAUUGCUGCUGUCUCCAUGCCUCAGGCCCUCCGAUACUUCGGCCGAAGUGUAGAUGGCCGGUUAGAUCUGGAUGGAGAUGAUCUCGUGGAUGUGGCUGUGGGUGCCCAUGGGGCAGCCAUUCUGUUCAGUUCCCAGCCCAUCAUCCACCUGAUUCCAACCCUCGAUGUGAUACCUCCGCACAUCAGUGUGGUUCAGAAGGACUGUAAGCGACGGGGCCAGGAAGCAGCCUGUCUGACCGCAGCCCUUUGCUUCCAAGUGCUGUCUCAAACUCCUGGGCGUUGGGAUCGCAGAUUCUACAUACGGUUCUCAGCAUCACUGGAUGAGUGGACCACUGGGGCACGUGCAGCAUUCGAUGGCUCUGGCCAGCGGCUGUCCUCUCGGCAGCUCCAGCUCAGUGUUGGGAAUGUCACUUGUGAACAGCUGCACUUCCAUGCACUGGAUACGUCGGAUUACCUCCGGCCAGUGGCCUUGACUGUGACUUUUGCUUUGGACAACACCACGAAGCCAGGGCCUGUGCUGGCUGAGGGAUCCUCUACGUCUAUACGAAAGCUGAUUCCCUUCUCAAAGGACUGUGGCCCUGACAAUGAAUGUAUCACAGACCUGGUGCUUCAAGCUGACAUGGACAUCAGAGGCUCCAGGAAGUCCCCAUAUGUGGUUCACGGUGGCCGACAGAAAGUGCUGGUGUCAGUGACCCUGGAGAACAAGAAGGAGAAUGCCUACAACACUAGUCUGAGUCUCAGCUUCUCCAGAAACCUCCACCUGGCCAGUCUUACUCCUCAGAGGGCCAAGUCAGUGAAGGUGGAGUGCGCAGUCCCUUCCCCCCAUGCCCGGCUCUGCAUCGUGGGGCAUCCGGUCUUCCAGGCUGGGGCCAAGGUGACCUUCCUGUUGGAGUUUGAAUUUAGCUGCACCUUCCUCCUGAGCCAGGUCUUUGUGAGGCUGACUGCCAGGAGCAGUAGCCUGGAGAGAAAUGAGACCCUUCAAGAUAACACAGCUCAGACCUCUGCCUACAUCCGAUAUGAACCUCACCUCGUGUUCUCUAGUGAGUCCACUCUGCAUCGGUAUGAGGUUCACCCUUACAGGACUCUCCCAGUGGGUCCUGGCCCUGAAUUCAAAACCACUCUUAGGGUUCAGAACCUUGGUUGCCAUGUGGUCAGUGGUCUUGUCAUCUCUGCCCUCCUUCCAGCUGUAGCCCAUGGGGGUAACUACUUCCUGUCACUAUCUCAAGUCAUCUCUGGCAAUGCAAGCUGCACAGUGCAGAACCUGACUGAGCCCCCAGGAUUCCCUGUGCAUCCAGAGGAGCUUCAGCACACAAGCAGACUGAACGGAAGUAACACUAGGUGUCAGGUGGUGAGGUGUCACCUUGGACUGCUGGCAAAGGGGACUGAGAUCUCUGUCGGACUGCUGAGGCUGGUUCACAAUGAAUUCUUCCGGAGGGCAAAGUUCAAGUCUGUGACAGUGGUCAGUACCUUCAAGUUAGGAACUGAGGAGGGCAGUGUCCUACUGCUGAAUGAAGCCUCCCGCUGGAGUGAGAGCCACUUGGAGGUGAUUCAGACCCUCCCUACCCUCAUCUCCCUGUGGAUCCUCGUGGGCAGUGUCCUGGGAGGGCUGCUCCUGCUUGCUCUCCUUGUCUUCUGCCUGUGGAAGCUUGGUUUCUUUACCCGUAAGAAAAUCCCCAAAGAACAAAGUGAAGAGAAGUUGGAGCAGUAA